GGGCUCCUCCUCCUUGGUCGUCUCCGGGAACUAAGCCCAGGCCCUACCUCCGGGACACUCCGAGGCUCACGUAGUUCAGGGGCAACAGUCACCCCUGCCACUUCUCUCCGGCUCUCCCAUGAGGCCAGCGAGCAGGGGCCCGGGCUACGGCGCCGCGGGAGAGAUUUCUAGCCCGCUCGUCUAGUCCCGUGAUGGCUGUGGACAUAGAAUACAGCUACAGCAGCAUGGCCCCUUCUCUGCGCCGGGAACGCUUUACCUUCAAGAUCUCCCCAAAGCUGAGCAAGCCCCUGAGACCCUGUAUUCAGCUGGGCAGCAAGGAUGAGGGCAGCGGCGGCAUAGUGGCCCCCACGGUGCAGGAGAAGAAGGUGAAGAAGCGGGUGUCCUUUGCUGACAAUCAGGGGCUGGCCCUGACAAUGGUCAAAGUGUUCUCGGAAUUUGAUGACCCGCUAGAUAUUCCAUUUAACAUCACCGAGCUCCUCGACAACAUCGUGAGUCUGACGACAGCGGAGAGCGAGAGCUUUGUCUUGGAUUUCCCGCAGCCUUCCGCAGACUACUUAGACUUCAGAAAUCGGCUUCAGACCAACCAUGUCUGCCUGGAGAACUGUGUGCUGAAGGAGAAAGCCAUUGCGGGCACGGUGAAGGUCCAGAACCUGGCAUUCGAGAAGGUUGUGAAGAUCAGAAUGACAUUUGACACCUGGAAAAGCUUCACAGACUUCCCUUGUCAGUAUGUGAAGGACACUUACGCUGGUUCAGACAGGGACACGUUCUCCUUUGACAUCAGCUUACCUGAGAAAAUUCAGUCUUACGAGAGGAUGGAGUUUGCUGUGUGCUAUGAGUGUAAUGGCCAGGCCUACUGGGACAGCAACAAAGGCAAAAACUACAGGAUCAUCCGGGCUGAACUCCGAUCCCCUCAGGGAGUGAUUGAGCCAUACAAUGGACCAGAUUUUGGAAUAUCCUUUGACCAGUUCGGAAGCCCCCGGUGUUCCUAUGGCCUGUUUCCAGAGUGGCCUAGCUACCUGGGCUAUGAAAAGUUGGGACCCUACUACUAGUGAGUGCCCUGGACAGUCUGACUCUGAUCCAGAUGGGGUAGAGACCGCAAGACAAGAGUGAAGCUGAACUGCCACUGGGCAGGGUCUUUGAAAAGACAGGAUCCUGUUCACCUCUUUUGUAAACCAGCAAUUCUGGCACGCUUCUGUCACGGCUGGUUCCUUGCUCAGAGGAGAGCAGGUGUGCUGGUCCUCUGUGGCAUCCAGGUUGGCCACAAAGGAAGGCACAGGAUGGUGCCAGGGUGGUCUGGAGAGGAGCCAAGCAGGCAAGCGUGGAGGUAGCUGGCCUCUCCUCUACCAUUGGAUGUGCGAAGUCAGUCUCCCAGAAGCCACCAGUCUCCAGCCUUCUCCAGCCUGACCAUUGACCUCGGGGGGCCCUGCCCACCCUUACGUUUCUUCACGUUGCCUUCAUUCCACACAUCCUCAGAGUGGCCUUUAUCUUGGCUCUGUGACACACUAGCCUGAUAGCCCGCAACUGCAGAAGAGGGACGGAGGCUGCCCCGUUCUGUGCAAGCUCCUACUCCACGGUUCUUUUCUUCUCCUCCACAGCCCAGCCAGUGAUCCAGACAAGAUAAUCAAAGCAAAUAAGUAGCUUGUGGCUGGGAUAGGCAUUUCCUCUCCCCUCUUCCUGACCCUCCUUUAUAUUCCAAUAGGGGGGGCACACACCAGUUACUAGAAAGUCACUGAUCUCCUUUUGGAGUCAGCUUUGUGACCAGGUGGGACAGUCGAAAGUUCUAGCUUUUCCCCUUGGCUUUUGGGGGCGCUUUCUAAGCACUCAGUUUCACCCCCAAAUUACCGGAAGGCUCAAUGACUAGCUCUUUGCCAGGCUGGUGCGUGAGCUGCUUUGGUCACGGGAGAAUCAUAGCUCUCCUCUCCUGGAGUGUCCACUUCAAUGCUGCAUCUGAGACUUUCAAACAGCAUGUUUGGGAUAUCCUCGAAGCCUGCAGAAAAUGCUUCGAUUUGUCUGCAGUAUACAGUUACAUUCGGAAUGCUUCACAAGCCCCCAAGGACCUUGAUUGGGAGCUUUUACUUAUGGUGUGUAUUGUAAAGGGGAGGGGAGAAAAACCUCACUGAGUUUUUCUAUGCUAUUUUAAACAUUUGUCAACUCUGAGGUAUCAGAGAUGAAUUUUUUUUCUGAACCAUAUUGGACGGCAGUGUAUUAUCAAGUGGUAUUUCGAGACUCCUGGAACUGUUACCAUCGGAUGGACCCCCACAACCUGUGAUUUUUCUCUUGGGCAAAUUAAAAUUACAGGGAAGUUGGAAAACUAUUUUUACAUGCAUAUUUGUAGAACUCUAGGGGCGUUGUUUUGUUUUGGAAAAUUGGUAAAAUGUCUGUUUAAUUUUUUUCUUGCUGAAGCAAAGUUUCCCUGAGGCUACAGGGAAAGAGGGGCAGGGUAUCAUGGAUUCAGGGGUGCGCGGGGAGGCGCUGAACAUGACCCUGGGCCCUCUGGCUUCGGAAGUUAGCAUCAGGCAGGUAGCAAAUGUUUUUGAUCUUAGCAUGUGUGAUUUCUUUUUUAUCUUUUUUUUUUUUUCACUUUUGAAGUUUAAAGUGUUUUAACUUUUUAAGCGCUGUUUUGUCUGGUUUUCUAUCCCUAUAUCUGGUACUGGUCUGUACUAUGUGCUUUGUGGCUCUCCCAGAUGGGUAGCGCUCUGGGGUUGCAUGCUGAUGUCUGUGGGGAAAUCACAUUCGUGAGUCAGGUUGAAGUCAGGUGGGGUUGUGCGUUGUGUAAGCAUGCCAUAUCUCUGCUAGAUGGAUGUACUUUAAAUGUUCCAGUUAUGGUGAUUGGAGCUGCUAGGUUUAAAUUGGAUGCAAGCAAAACUGAGCUCUUAUGGGUCAUACGGUUCAUCUUGGGCUAAGUUUUCUUUUCCUGGUGCAGUAAGGCAGCCAGCUGCACGGUUACUCACAGAGUAGCAGACUAGAGAUCAUUUUCAGAAGAAAAGGGCCCCCACUAACUACAGCAUGAAGUCUGUCCAGUGGUGUGGAAUGGUUUUCAGACAUUCCAUGUCAUAACAUGAGAUAUGGUAAUUCCACAUUAUUUAUCCCCUCUGAAGCAGAAAUAAACCCACGCCCCCUUUUACCAAGAUUUGUCCCAGCUUUCUUGCUAGGGGCCCUGAUUGAAAGCCCCUAGCCAGCACACCUGGGAUAGGCACCCCAGCGCUCAGCCCAGAGGACGUGUCUUCACCUGCUUGCCAAGACUCUUCUUCACUUCCCUCCUCACUGCUGUCACUCACUGAGACUCUGAAGACUCUCUGUACAACCCUCCUCCUUCUGACCCAGUCUGUCCCGUGACUGAGAUAGCCCCGGGAGCUGCCUUGAGAGACUACACUUUACUCCUAGCUCACCAUUGUAGACAAACCUACACGCCUCAGAGGGUGACAGGCCCCUUGCUUGAAGAUCCCUUGGCAAACCUGGCCUGGAGAUCUGCCUUCGUGCAACCCUUGGUUACGGCGAUGAAUGGACUCUGACCCCAGCGUCCAUCCCAGACACUAUAAUCCAGGAAGGGAAGGGCAACCCUAUUUCUGUUUCAUAUUUAUUUCCCCAAAUCCUCUGGGAUGCUUUUGCAGAAUGGCUAUAGUAAAUAACCUGGGCUACGAAAUUUCAUCUGGUAAACAAGUUUUCUGUGUUUCUUACAAGAAGCAUUUGAGUGCUGUGUGAACUCUUUUAUAGGAAAGCUAGUAAGAAAUAGUGGAAGUCUGUAGCUCGCAAGAAACGGAAGCAACUUGAAUCAAUGGUUGGAGUUGUUUUAUCCCUGAGAUGGAAGCUGCAUGCUGGCUGUUUGUUCCAGGAAGGUCUUCACGUACCUGGAGCUAAGUUGUUCCAGAAAUCAUGGGAUCUUCCCUAGAGCGGCAUCUUCCCUAGGAGACAGUCUGGCAACGGUCCUGAAGUGGAGGACAGUAGUUCCUCCUGCUGCAGGCUGUAAGGUACCCCCAGCUCAACCCACAAAGCUGUGAGUGUUUCCACGGUUUUGCUGCUCAUUCCCAGAGACACCCCCCCCCCCCCCCGGCCA